GACAUAAUAAAAGCCUGGAGUAAAUCUCCACUCCAACACACAUGACCCACAUCCAGCACAACUACACCCGCUCCAUCUGCUGAGAUAUUAAAUACAUAAACAACCAGCAUGACGCAGAAAAAGGUCGCACCAACAGUACAAACUGUUGAAGGAAACAUGCCUCCAAGCUAUGAAGAGGCAAACUCAGGAUGUCCAGGUUACUACUACGGCGAAGGAACUUUUUCCUGGGACGACAUGUACAUCAGACGUGUUUUUAUACGAAAGGUUUAUUCGAUUCUGAUGCUGCAGCUCUUCUCGACCGUAGCAGUUAUCGCUCUCUUCACAUUCUACGCUCCAGUGAGGUUAUACAUUCAGACACAUCCUGUUUUAUACUCCAUGUCCAAUCUUCUGUUUCUUGUCACGUAUAUCUCACUGGCUUGCUGCGGUGAUUUGAGGAGGCAGUUUCCAUGGAAUCUCAUUUUGCUCACAAUCUUUACUCUGAGCAUGGCUUGCAUGUUGGGUUUUAUCUCUAGCUUCUACAACACCAAGUCUGUGGUGCUGUGCAUUGGCAUCACCGCCACAGUGUGUCUGUGUGUCACCAUCUUCAGCUUUCAGAGCAAGAUUGACAUCACCUCUUUUCAAGGUCUUCUCUUCAUUCUGUGCAUGGUCAUGUUUUUCUGUGCUAUGGUCAUGGGAUUUGUGGUUCCCUUCGGCUACGUUCCCUGGUUGCAUGCGGUCUACGCCAGCGUAGGAGCUGUCGUCUUUACCAUGUUUCUCGCCUUUGAUACACAGCUGCUGAUCGGAAACAAGCAAUAUGCAAUGAGUCCUGAAGAAUACAUCUUCGCGACGCUCACUCUGUACCUGGAUAUUGUGUACUUGUUCACGUUCCUGCUGCAGUUGUUUGGUAGUGGCAGAGAAUGAGCUCGGUUGUGUUGUAACGUAACGUCAAAUAUCGAUAGCUGUUCUGCAACCUCAACGUUUUUAGAAACAACACGUGGCCUUUAAUUUAUUGUUAGGCUUAAAGAAAAUCAGCUUCGUACGAAUGUUUUCUCAGGAACCGACUUUUCACAUUCUGACUAUAUUUGGUUAGAUAUCAUAGGACAGAUUUGGAAAUGCCCAUCAAAUCUGGGCUUUAAGUAUAAAAACGAUUGCUUGAAAGUAAGGCUCUUUUUCUUUUUGCUUACGACUAAAGAUUUUAAUCAUAAUUGUGUGUCAAUGACAAUCCUCACUCAGCUGGUAGCUGAAAGUUCGAAAGUGGAGUUUAUAUUAAGCUCAAUUAUUUUCAUAUCAAGAAUCUGUGUUUUUUCAUAUACAUAAAUGUUGUACGCAGUCAUUCAGUGUAACGACACGUACAUGUAACCAUCAAAAUAACUGAAUAUUAUAAAUAUAAAUAUUUGAUGAUCACUAUUUGUCAUCGUGAGAUCACUUAUGACGUCACUCAUGUACUGUAACUUUCACAUACAGUUUAUUCAGUAUUUUACCGUUAAUCAUAUAUUAUCUGUUGCCGGUUCAGUGUAGUACAGCCUGUCCUUAUUAAGAAAUUCACAUUUCGGUCUAUAAAAAAAAUAACAGGUAAACAUAAUUCUGAUAGUCCACUUGAGGAACAGUAACUAUCCUUGCAACUGCAUGUCAACUAGCAGUUAGUAGAGUAUUUGUGCACUAGUUACAAAGUUACUUCUAGUUAGUCUGAAGUGGAUUAUCAAAAUAGAGCGCAACCUAAUAAUGCACAGAAAUGAAAGAUAGAUCCUAAAUUGUGUUAGGUGUGCAACGCAGCAGGCUUCAGGAAUACACGAUUCCCCCGAGUACUGGAGAGAUCUCCGCGACAAGGUUUUGGUGUUCGUUGCUAACUGGGUACGAUAAAGCUAGAAAAUGGAGGAAGAAUGUCAGCAAACAAGUAUGAUUGCAGUGAGUUUGUGGACUGAUAAUAAUGCUUAGAAGAAAACGAAAUAAAGGAACCGUGUCAGAUCUUUUUUACGUGUUGUGCGUGUUUGGAUUUUACUCGUAUACUGGUCAGAAAUCUCAACGCUCGCGAUACACCAGUGAAUCAAAUCACUGGGGGUUUGUCAUUUAAUAAGGACUUCAUGCACGCUAUAUGCAUUCCAUCCAAAGCUGUGGUCAUCAUUGCAAUUUUGAGAGUGAUUGGUGCAUUUAUAUGUGGAGGUCACUCCUAAAUGUUUGCGGUGUGUACAUGGCCACUUAACUUAAAAACCAAAAUGUCUAAUUCUGAAUGAAAUAUAUAGAGAACGUGAUGGGGUUAAGUCGAUUGGUGGGUUCAUGAGAUUGCGGCCAGGAGUUAGUUAAACUUACUGAUCAUUUCAUUAAAAUGAAGGAACGAAAAUUAGGAAAUGAAUGAAUAAAUCCUGCUACAGGUCUCAAAACCAAGUCAAAAUAGUCAGGCCCGUGAUCUAGCAUCUCCUCUCUUCUUUUGGGCAUCGAGGUCACGACUUUCUGGGGCCUCACUCAUAAAACCGUC